ACCGGACCCAUCGUCCCCACCCUCUGUGCUCACCGGACCCAUCGUCCCCACCCUCCCCGAGCACGAUAUCCACAAAUGCCGCGCCCGCCAGUCCGGCCAGAGGACCGGCAGCGCGUCGCCCGGGCCUGCCAGACCUGCAAAUCAUCCAAGAAGCGGUGCGACGGCGCCCAGCCCUGCGGUUCCUGCUCCAAAAAGGGCCUUGGUGAUGUUUGUCGCUACGUCCCCGGGCGGCGGGGCAGCUCCCACAGGUCGAGGCGGUCGGCUGCCGGUCGCAGCAGCAGGGUGGGCGGGGAGGACGUGUGCGACAAUGACGACCUCUCGGACGUGGCGUCUUCACCUUCGGCCGCAUGGGGUAGCUAUAGCGAGAGCAACCCGGAAGUGGCUCGCGUUCUGCCGAAUCCCAGGGUUAGGGGCGUGAUCGAAGAGGAAGGGGUGGAUGCCGAUGAUGUUUUAGACGGCUCGAAUGACACGAGGUCUUCAUCGCAGCAGCCGGCUGUGAUGCUGUCUAGUUCAAGUGGAGAAAGAGUUUUUAUUGGCGACACUGCUGCAAUAUCUUUUCUCCGAUUCCUCCAACACACUCUCAAGCGCCAUGCUGGACCAUCCAACUUUACCGACGACCAAGACACCCAGCGGCUGUUUGAGGCAGCCGACCCAGACGCAGUCUCGCCGGCUUUCCAAGAUGAUCUCACCUUUGAGGUCAAGGAAGAGCUGACACGAUGUUUUCUUGAUGUUUCUAGCGGUCUUUUGGACCUUUUCAUCCCAGCCGAGCUUAACCAGCUCCUGGGGCUAUCCGCACAGCCCACAGAUUGCGACCGCAACGAACCGCCAGCACGCAGGCGACCACCUGAAGCCUCGCUCGCCUCGCUCUACCUCAUGAUCGCCAUCGGCGCCCAAUGCCGGGGAGAGGGCGCUUCAGACGCUGCCAUCGCGGCCAGGUACUUUACGCAGGCUCGCAAGAUGGCCUUUGACAAGAUGCUUCAGGACCCGACGCUCGACCUGACCCGGGCGUUUCUGCUCAUGGCCUUCUACAUGCUGGGUGCCUGCCGGCGCAACUCGGCGUUCAUGUACAUUGGCGUGGCGUCCAAGGCUGCUGACAUCCUGGGUCUGCACAUCGAAAGCCAGCAGAGACAUUUGAAGCCGGAUGUGCGGGAUGCACGUAUGCGCACAUCAAAAAGCCUCCGCGUCCUCGACGUAGUCUGCAGCUCCAUCCUCGGCCGCCGCAGCAGCGCGCCUCUCGGAACCGGCCCAGAGACCCAGCACCAACCCCGCCAGGAGGAAAAACCACACACCCACCGCAGCACCGCUCUGGCCGCCAUCCACGGUCUCUCCUCCGUUCUGAACGCCGCCGUCGCCAAGUCCACAGAAGGCGAACUAGACGCCCCCUCGGCGGAGGCCUUCCUGCGCACGCUGCGGCAGCGCAGCCGCGAUUUCCCCCAGUCGCUUCGUCGGGGGCCGCGGGACCUCUUGAGCCACGGGCGGGGCGUCGCCGUUGGGAACAUCCAUGUGGCUGGCGCGUACUACUUUGCCGUCAUCUUGAUCACGAGGCGGUUCCUGAUCCGCCAGGUCAUGCCGCAGCUUCGAGGGUCGUCGCGCGGUAGCGCCGGUGCAGCAGCCCAUGGCCCUGAUCACGAGCUCGUCUCGGAGCUGUCCCGCGCGUGCGUCGAGGCGGCUACGUACAUGGCGCAGACGUGUCGGCAGGCUAUGGACUGUGGACUGCUGCCGGGGAACAUGUGCAUCAUAAAAGCUUGGAUCUUCGCCACGGGGCUGGUGCUGGGAUUCUCUCUCCUCGUCGACGAAGCCAAAGAAGCAGCCGACGCGAGCGAGAGGCGCGAGGCGUUUCGCAGCUCCCUCCACAUCCUGGGCGAGCUCAAACGCCUCAGCCCGCAGGCCGGGCAGUACUUUGGCAUCCUUUCCAACUUCCGAGACGCCAUAGAGCAGUACAGACAGCGGCUGCUGCAGGAGAAGAGGGAGGUGAGCUCACAGGGCAGCCUCGUGGAUCGGAUCUUUUCGCCGCUGCCGUCGAUCUCGGUGGCAGAUAAGUAUGGUCAGCUGCAACACCCACAACAGCCGCCGCAGCAGCAGCAGCAGGAGGAACAGCUGGUUGGUCUGUCGCAGAUGCCCACGCCUGAAAUGACCAUAUUGGAUGAUGAGAUUGCGACUUGGCUGGGCGAGGGGUCACUCUCGUUUGAUGUGGUUGGCGGCGGGGAGCAGCAGUGGAUGACGUCGGGGGAUCAGGAUGUCAUCAUGCGACUCAUCUGGGAUGGUUAAGGGGCAUUGGUGGAGAGUGGGAGAAUCCUGACAUUGGGGAGAUCGAGCCAGGACAUGAUAUGUUUGAUGUUGGCGUUCUUCUGCACUUCUAAGAACGUUUUUACCAAGCAAGCAUUUCCAAUAAUUAGCAGUCACCUUUAUCAUACAUAAUCCGCGUCCGCACUAGAUACAUUUUAGCAGUAAAAAGGUUAAUUUGGAUAAAUAUCGUA